AUGUCAAUUUAGCAGCUAAAUGCACUUUUUUAGAAAGGUCAUCCAAUCAGUGAAUAUAACUUUGACACGGGCAAGGAAAUAGGAGGGAUCAGUUACUCCACUCUUAAGCAUGAAACUACUGUCACGACUGACUCAGUUUAGAAUGAGGAGCGUCUAGUUUAAAAGGUGAAUUUGGAUGACUCACUAGAGGAUAAAAGGGAUAUCUCUAUAUUCGAAAGAAGCAAUAAGAUCAAAAAAAUAAGUGAUGACAUCCAGUUCAACAAAACUGCUGGCGAUUUGUAAUAGUCUUUUGAAACAACCAAUCAUAUUGACUACUAUGAUUUAUUUCAGAGAAAUAAUAUCAUCAGCGAGGAUCAGACUUUCAUUUAAAACUAAUCAAGGCAGAAAAUAUUCCUGCAAAAUGAAGGUACCGGGAUUAUAGGCGGAGGCAGUGGAGGUACAGGAGCAGGUGAUAAUUCUAAAUUUUUGUUUAGUGAUAAUGUAUCCAUGAAAGUCAACAUAAAGGUACCAAAGACCUAUCUGGAUGCCAACCUGUUCUACCCUGAUGCUUUUGAAAGCCAGCCCUUUAUUGAUAUAACACAGGCCAAUGUGAACAAAAAGUAUAUAAACAUAAUGAAUGGUAAUAAUUUGAAUAAUUUCACCCAAGAUAAUUUACUCAACGUCAAUCCUGAUAAUCUUGGAGGUCGAUCUCGUAAAAAGAAAAAGCUAAACCAAUUCAAAUUUGAUGAUACACUUACUCACAAUAACCUCAUCUUAGGUGAAGAAGACGAGGAUGGAUUGCUUCAUUUAAACGCUGAUUAGAGUCAUACUAUGAAUCUGGUUGAUAAUGAAAGUUCUUGGAAUGAUGAGGCUAUGUUUAAAAUGUUGAAUUUCGGUGAUGAGCAGCACAAAAUACUGCUUAAUAGAGACCAUAAUGACUUAGAUGAGGACUAGAAAUCUGAGGAUGAACCUCAUGAGUUGGAGGACUUUAUUGCAAAUAGUCACACUUUGAACUUUGAGAACUCACUCAUGUAGAAUUUAAUGCUGGAUGACGACCAGACAGCCUUGAAUAUUAGAAAUUUAUAGUAGCUGCAAUCGUAAAACUAUAAACCCCAGCAAGCUAAUCUAAGGCAUUUAGUUAACUAUAUUCAUGGAGAUCUUUAUCACUGUGCUAUUUGCUCAUCAAAGUUUGAAGAGCCCGAUAACCUUCCAAGAGUUUUGUUCUGUGGUGACUGUCUUUGCGAGAAAUGCAUUAGAGAAUCUAUACUCCCAUAAGAUUAAACUGAAAUAGCACAAGCAAAAUCAACUAAAUAUUUGAGAUGCUUAAUAUGCUAAUAAUAGCACAACUUUAAAAUGACUAAGAGUGGCUUUGUUGUGUGCAAUGAUAAUUUUGUUAAAAUAAAAGAUGAUAGUGGGAUGGUUAAUUACAAUGGAAAUGGAGAGUAAAACAAAUUCUAAGAGGAAGAUGUAUAAAGGAUGAAUUAUUAGGAAGAAGGGUCAAUCGACGAACAGGCUUUUGAUAUUCCAGAAGAUUUGAUAAUAAGAUCUAUUCCAAUCAAUGUAGAACUCAUUGACUUGAUAAGAGAAAAAAGAAAUAAAGACAAUCAAUUAUCAUUAGUCCAACAAAUCAGCAAAUUCAUUUAACUUGAUUAGUUGAGUAAAUCAGAAGCUAGGUACUACUUAAAGGAACUUUGCAAAAUAUGUGAGGAGGAUAUGCAAUUCAUUCAAAAUGAUGAUGAAAACGAUAUUGAUAUCGAUAGUCUAUUAAACUCUCCCAUCAAUCAUGACAACUCUAUUGGAUUCGGCAAUAAUUUCCGCAAAGAGACUAUGUUUAGAACCAUCAAAGAUAAAUUUACUAAUUUGAUGUCCUAAGAUGCCAAAUCAAAGUACUAAAAUCCACUCAAUCAGAGUAAAACCAUUCUAAAGCAAAAGGCUAAACAGGAUCAGCUUGAAAGAUUGAAUAAUUCUAAUAAUAGUGGUAGCAUGGGUAGCCUAUCGAAUUCAUUUAAGAACAUUUCUCCCUUUAAGAAAGCUUCAGAGGAUACUUAGAACAAGUAUAAAUAAAUACUUCAGAACAGCAAAUCCUAAAUACUUCAAACUCGAACUUAGUCAAAGAACAUAUUCAAGUAGCAUUUUCCCUCUCAAACAGUAAGUAACAAUCAUACUCAUACCCAUCAUCACCAUCAUCAACACACAGGCUGUACUCAUUAAAGUUAAUCACAUCAUAUGUGUAAAAAUUGUGGCCUCAAAAUACUCUAAGGAAAUUCCUAGCAAGCUCUUAGUUUACUCUCCAAAAAGCAUUAAAAGAUGAUCAAGAAUCACUUCGGCCCAGGAAAUCAUGCACAUUUUGUAGCAUCUAGAAAGGAUAUUACAAAGAAUUUUGAGGACUUGGACAUAUAAGAAGAUGAAGAGGGUUUAGAUGAGCGUGAGCCAGAGAAGGCUAUAUAACAGCAAAGAUUAGAAAGCAGUGAAAAGCUAAAAGAGUUUGAUGAGUUAAACCCUCUUUAAGAUUAAGAAUAGAAUGAUCAGAAGAAUAGCUCAAGCAAGAAAAAUAAGAGAAAGAAGAAGAAGAGACAGAAGGCAAAGCAGUAAAAGCAAGAGUAAAAAUUGCUCUUAAAGAAUGGAGUCCAGAUGGAUGAGUCAUAAGAUACAGAUCUAUAUUCAAUGCUUAUACCACCUGAAGAAUUCCAAUAAAAUUUGAAAAGUAACGUUGGCUAAAUCUCAAAGCAAGCUCUCAGGAAUCCAUUCUAGGAAUAUAUGCCUAAUGAGAAUUUCUACUAACUCAAAAGCUUGCAAGAUAAGUUCCAAGGGCUCAAAGAUAACAAUCUUAAUUUCCCGUUGCUAUGUGAGAAUUGCUGCAAAGACUUUGUCAUAGCACCUGAUGCCUUAAGUAUGAACUAUCUGAGUUCAUAACAGAUACAAUUACCUAAACUUUAAAGUCAGAUGAAAAAGGAAUUACUUGAAGCUGGUCUAUUGACUGUCAUAUCCCAUUAAUGUCUUGUCUGUGUGUCAUAGAAUAAUUCAACAGGAUCUUCCUAAAACUAGCUAUCCCUUUGCUUGAUAUGUUCUCUACAGCAUAAAUAGAGGCAUCCAAAUCAUACAUUGAAGCAAGUAUUGCAAAAGACUUUCCUUUAAACUUUGUCAAAGAAAAACCCAGUAUUCGAAAAUUUGCUUAACAUGUCUGUGACUGAAAAGAUCAGAGACUCAAUUGAUGAAGAAAUCAGCAAAUUGGUCGCAAGCAUGAGAUAAAUUUUCAAACUAAAUAAAGUCAAUCCCACGACUAAUUAACCAAAUAAUUGA